GCGUGGAGAAGGGCUCGGGGCACUCGGGGCACCUAGACCUCACUGGCUUAGCUCUCGCCUCGCUGUCCUCAGCAGCCUCUGCUUCUUCCCUGAGCGACGAGAUCCGGUGGCCAGAGGUUCACCAUGUCUAUUCUCAAGGUCCAUGCCAGAGAGAUCUUUGACUCGCGUGGGAAUCCCACUGUUGAGGUUGAUCUUUACACCUCAAAAGGUCUCUUCAGAGCUGCUGUACCCAGUGGUGCCUCAACGGGUAUCUACGAGGCCCUCGAGCUCCGGGACAAUGAUAAGACUCGCUAUAUGGGGAAGGGUGUCUCAAAGGCUGUUGAGCACAUCAAUAAAACUAUUGCACCUGCCCUGGUUAGCAAGAAACUGAAUGUUGUGGAGCAGGAGAAGAUUGACAAGCUGAUGAUCGAGAUGGAUGGAACAGAAAAUAAAUCUAAGUUUGGUGCAAACGCCAUUCUGGGGGUGUCCCUUGCUGUCUGCAAGGCUGGCGCUGUAGAGAAGGGGGUGCCCCUGUACCGCCACAUUGCCGACUUGGCUGGCAACUCUGAAGUCAUCCUGCCAGUCCCGGCUUUCAAUGUGAUCAACGGCGGUUCUCAUGCGGGCAACAAGCUGGCCAUGCAGGAGUUCAUGAUUCUCCCCGUCGGUGCAGCGAGUUUCAAGGAAGCCAUGCGCAUUGGAGCGGAGGUGUACCACAACCUGAAGAACGUCAUCAAGGAGAAGUAUGGGAAAGAUGCCACCAACGUGGGGGACGAAGGCGGGUUUGCUCCUAACAUCCUGGAGAAUAAAGAAGCCCUGGAGCUGCUGAAGAACGCAAUCGGGAAAGCUGGCUACAGUGACAAGGUGGUAAUUGGCAUGGACGUGGCUGCCUCUGAGUUCUUCAGGUCUGGGAAGUAUGACCUGGACUUCAAGUCUCCCGAUGACGCUAGCAGGUACAUCACACCCGACCAGCUGGCCGACCUGUACAAGUCCUUCAUCAAGGACUACCCAGUGGUGUCUAUCGAAGACCCCUUUGACCAGGAUGACUGGGAUGCUUGGAAGAAGUUCACGGCUAGUGCAGGAAUCCAGGUGGUGGGGGAUGAUCUCACAGUGACCAACCCAAAGCGGAUUGCCAAGGCUGUGGACCAAAAAUCAUGCAACUGCCUCCUGCUCAAAGUGAAUCAGAUCGGCUCCGUGACCGAGUCCCUUCAGGCGUGCAAGCUGGCCCAGUCCAAUGGCUGGGGUGUUAUGGUGUCUCAUCGUUCCGGGGAGACUGAAGAUACCUUCAUUGCCGACCUGGUGGUGGGGCUCUGCACUGGCCAGAUUAAGACUGGUGCACCUUGCCGAUCUGAGCGCUUGGCCAAGUACAACCAGCUCCUCAGGAUUGAAGAGGAGCUGGGCAGCAAGGCUAAGUUUGCUGGCAGGAACUUCAGAAACCCCCUGGCCAAGUAAGCAGUGAGCCGGCAAGCCCGAGCCUCUAGUCGGCUGUUAGACCCUGCCCCUGAUGUCAGCGAGGACAGCUCGAGGCCCCCGAGCAAGACUUGCUGGGGCCUCUGGUAGUUAGCUCCCCUCUCCCACCCCUGUGGCAUUCUCACUGCUUCCCUAGCACUGCUGCAGAAGCCAAGCUUGACCGUCUGGAACCUGCUGGAAACCCAAGCUCUACAAUCAUGUGAUUGGGCCCAAGUCAUUGUUUAUCUCAUACUUGCUUUCCACCAAGUGUCUGGAGCCGUGUGUACCCUCCAGUGUAAUCUCCAAGGUGGACACAGGCAAGAUCCCCAGUGGUUUUGUGUGCAAAAUAAAAAGACUCAUUGGUCAUGAGAAUA